AUGGCGAGCCGGGCAGCGAACAAACGGGCACAAUACAAAACAAUAUCGGAAAACCCCCCGCCAUUCAUCGUAGCGCAUCCCUCAGAAUCCAACAUUCUCGAAUGGCAUUAUAUCCUCACUGGACCUCCAGAUACUCCAUACCAUAAUGGCCAGUAUUGGGGAACUCUAGUCUUCCCUCCAAACUACCCCUUCGCUCCUCCUGCGAUCCGCAUGCACACGCCUUCCGGCCGGUUCCAGUCCUCCACUCGGUUGUGUCUCUCCAUAUCCGACUUCCACCCCAAAUCUUUCAAUCCAGCAUGGGAGGUGAGCACGAUCUUGAUUGGGCUGUUGUCGUUCAUGACAAGUGAAGAGAUGACGACUGGUUCGGUCGGGGGCACUGAGGCUGAGCGCAAAUGGGCAGCCUCACGGACAAGAUGGUGGAACAGUACAGGAGGCGGAAGUUGGAAGGGAGACGGCAGCAAAGUGCAGAAGGGCAACAUCAAGGCCGGUGAUGGAGGCGCCAAGUUCAGAAUAGAGUGGCCAGACUUGGAUGCCGAAAACUGGAAAUGGAUGAAGGAGAAUCGAAUUGAUCCGACCACUGGGAAUAUCAUGCCCGAUCCAAAUGCGCCAGCCGCGAGUUGUGGUCCUGUCACCGGGUUGAGACGACCUAGCGGAAGUCAAGCUGUUGUUGGCGCUGUGGUUGGAGGCGGUCGCGCGGUUGGAGAGGAAGGUCGAAGUUGGAUAGCACGGAAUAAGCUAUUGGUAGCUGGUGGGAUCAUCUUCACAUAUGUCUUGAUCGCUCGACUUUUGGGUGAGGGGACUGGCAGUUAG